CGAGGUCUGGAUUCAUCCCCUCCAUCACAGCUCCCCCGGACUUGGAUUCACGAUUGCUCACCUCUGCGGAUGGCUUCUCGAACAAGCGCAUCGUCACGCAUUGAUUUCAAGGCCAUCGCUCACUAACUGACAUUCCCUCUUCCUCCCGUCUCCUGCCGCCUCUCCACUUUCGUCUUCUUUCUUCAAACGCCAAACGCUGCAAUUCUCUCUGUUUAGCUCGACAGCUUAGCUCGACAGCUUUACCCCUCCUUGCCUCCAACCUCCUCCACGCAGAUCCAUCUCCGCCCAGGAAGCUUGAGCUGUGACAGCACUUGGCACCGGCCGUGUCAAUCGGCCAGGACACAGCCCUCUUGCGAGCAAACGCCCGCUCUCGGUACUCUUGACAGUUAGCAACGUCUGUGACUUGGUUAUCGCUUCGGCUUGGACGUGACUUGGCAUCAGCUCUGGUAUCAGCUCUGGCAUCAGCACUGGCAUCAUCGUCUGCGCCAACCGUCGCCAGCCAUGGACCGUCUCCUGCACAAGCUGGAGGACAAGGUUGACCGCCUCCUUGGCCACGAGCACAAGGAUCACUCGCACACCACUGCUGAGGGCUGCGACGAUGAGCACCCUGAUGAGCACCGCGGAAACCGCUACCAUUCGUUUGCUCCCCAGACCAGCGGCGUUCCGAAAUGGUACGUCGAUGGCGCAAGCUAUUUCUGGGCGGUUUCCGAGGCUCUCGAACAGGCCCGAGAGACCAUCUACAUUCUGGACUGGUGGCUGAGCCCCGAGCUGUACCUGCGCCGCCCACCCGCUCGUAACGAGCAAUACCGCCUUGACCGUAUGCUGCAGGCCGCCGCGGAGCGCGGAGUGCAGAUCAGGAUCAUCGUGUACAAGGAGGUCCCCCAGGCUUUGACAUUGAACUCUAGGCACACCAAGCACGCCCUGGAGGCGCUGCAUCCCAAUAUCAGAGUCUUCAGGCACCCCGACCACGUCCCCAGUGCAAACGAUGUGAAAGGGGACCUCCUCGAGGGAUUCCAGAAUAUGUCACUGGGUACCUUCCGCCUUUCGACCCUGCCCAAGGAUACGCUUGCCGCCCUUUAUGGCACCGCCGAUGACGUCGUACUCUUCUGGGCCCAUCAUGAGAAACUCCUGGUGGUUGACUCUCACCUUGCCUUCAUGGGCGGACUCGACAUGUGCUUUGGAAGAUACGACACAAAUAGCCACCCCAUCGCCGACACUCAUCCCGGAGACCUCAACGCAAUCGUCUUCCCCGGCCAAGAUUACAACAAUGCGAGAGUCUACGAUUUUGAGAGCGUUGACAAGUGGGAGAACAACAAGCUCGAUCGGACCGUAAGCUCCCGCAUGGGCUGGUCCGACAUCUCCAUCAGUCUCAGCGGGAACAUCGUCAACAGCCUGAUUCUCCACUUCAAGGAUCGAUGGAACUACAUCUGGGAGCAGAAAUACCGAGUCAGGACCGACGUGCACUACGAGGCUAUUGGCGAGGUUGCAUCUCACGCUCCCCCCGUACCCGGACUGUUGCAGAAUGGAGAAGACUUCUUUGGUGGCCUGCAGCGACAUUUCCACCACCACCUCAGGCAGUUCUCAACCGAGGAAGGCUCAGGAGGGCAGUCCAGGAGCCUGGAGCACACGGGCGGAGGUGAAGCCCAUAUCCAGCUGACUCGAAGCGCCUGCCCGUGGUCUUCGGGCAAGCCAACUGAGCAUUCCAUCGCCAAUGCUUACAUCGAAGCCAUCACUAAUGCCCAGCAUUUCGUGUAUAUCGAGAACCAGUUCUUCAUCACUGCCACGAGCGAUGAGCAGGAGCCGGUCCACAACAAGCUCGGCGAGGCCAUCGUCAACCGCAUCGUGCGUGCGCACCAGAACAACGAGUCGUUCCACAUCUUUGUGCUCAUGCCUGCAGUUCCCGCCUUCGCUGGCGAUCUCAAGUCGGAUGGAGCACUUGGAACGCGAGCUAUCAUGUCAUACCAGUACAAUUCGAUUUCCCGCGGGGGUCAUAGUAUCCUUGAAUCCGCGCGCAACCAAGGCGUCGACGACCCGCAUCGCUACAUCAACUUCUACAAUCUGCGCAAUUUUGAUCGUAUCAACACGAGCACCGCCAUGCAGAGAGCCGAGGAGCAGAGUGGCGUGCCCUACGAGUCGGCCCGUCGCGAGUUCGACGACGCCGUGGAAAGCGGCUACGACGGCUACGGCCGCGAGGCCACCGAGGGCCGCUAUGGAGACCAAUACCGCCGCUACCAGGAAGCGGCUGGGCGCACCAAUGACAGCAGUUGGGACACGGUCAGCGCGUGCUACAUGGAUUCAGGUCCCGACCUGCACAGCAUCCCCUGGUCUGGCAGCCCAGAGUCGGAGCUUGACGCCUUUGUGUCCGAGGAGUUGUACAUUCACUCAAAGGUGCUCAUCGCCGACGACCGCCUGGUCAUCUGCGGCUCCGCCAACCUCAACGACCGCUCGCAGUUGGGCGACCACGAUUCCGAGAUAGCCGUGGUCAUCGAGGACCCGUCGCCCGUGCAGUCGCGCAUGGCCGAGCAGGACUUCACCGCCUCGCGCUUCGCGACCUCGCUCCGCCGCCAGCUGUUCCGGAAGCACCUGGGCCUACUCCCCGACCAGCCCUGCGACCGGCCCGACGCCAACUGGACGCCCGUCACGCGCGACCACAACCAAUACGACUGGGGCUCGCCCGCAGACGUGCUGGUCGAGGACCCCCUGAGCGUCCGCUUCCUCGAGCUCUGGCGCUCGACGGCGCGCACCAACACCGAGGUGCUCAGCAAGGCCUUCCACAACGUGCCCAACAACGCGGUCCGGACGUGGGACGACUACGACAGCUUCUUCUCACGCCACUUCAUCAUCCCGGGGGCCGAGAAGAAGGAGGAAGAUGACGACGACGAGGAGCGCCGGCGCCGCGAGGAGGAGGACGCCAACAAGGUCCAGUACGGCCACGUCGUGCGCGAGGAGUUCCCGGGCGGCGUCUCGGAGCUCAAGGACUGGCUGUCCCGCGUGCGCGGCAGCCUGGUCGAGAUGCCGCUGCAGUUCCUCGUCGACGUGCACGACCUCGCCAAGGAGGGGCUCUCGCUCAAUGCCUUUACCGACGACCUUUACACGUAAAGAAGGGGGGGGGGG